GAGUUGUGUAAAAGUAAUAUCGCGGCACUCUGCAGCCUGCUCAGCCACAAGUCUCCUUCUUUGCGCCCCAUAAAGGAUAACUUUGAAAGGAAAUCCAGCUGGAGCGACGGGGAACCGUUCCUUUUUAUUUCAGGAUCUCGCAGAUCCAAUCGGGAAAAUUACUUUUACGCACGAACAAAGGACUGCUGCAGUUUGAUUGCUUUUAUUCGAGUUCAGGACAUUCAAGUUAGAUAUAUUUUUCUCUCUCUCUCUCUCUUUUGCUCAGCGGUGAUGGUAGUUUUAUGGUGAUAUUUAGAAGUUGCGACAACCGCUGAGCUGGACUCUAACUUUUACAUGUAUCGUGGCUGGAUUAUCGUUUUGUUCCAAAAAUAUUUAGGGGGAUUUUUUCCUUAGUUUGGUGUUUUUAACUGAGAGUUAGAGUGCUCUGUGGUGUUGAUGUAUUGUUUACACGCGGCUGAAAGUAUUCAAGUGUGCGGUAGAUCCGAGCGCAGAUAGAAAAGUCCAACCCUGCGCAGAGUUUGGACAGCGUCAGCUUGUUAGAUACAUAUAUGCAACUCUGAUGUUCUUCAGGAUGAGACAUUGUGGGUUGCUGAUCUAACGCCAGUCAGCAGAGAGUAUUGUUAUUUUUUUUUAUUAUUAUUAUAAUUUUUUUUUUAUUCAAUCAGUGGAACUUUUUUUCGCCCCCCUUCGCGUUCGCCUCCAUCCUUUGAGACCAGCGACGUCUGGACCAGAAAGAGAGACACGAACUCCCCCCAAUAACCUGAGUUUGCCUGUCCUCCAGAGACUUUGACACAACCCCAGUCAGGUGGCGCUGACCCAAGCUGUUGUGAUGCAUAUUCCCGUAGAGCCGCCCACCACAAGACGGUUCACACCGCCCUCCACGUCCUUCCCCUGCAGUAAGAUCGGAGACGGCAACGGGCCCAUGGCCACCCCGGGGCCCCUGAGGACGCGGCCAGACAACAGGAACGUGGUGGACGUCCUGGCGGACCACGCUGGAGAGCUAGUGCGGACCGACAGCCCCAACUUCCUCUGCUCCGUGCUGCCGUCGCACUGGCGGUGCAACAAGACGCUUCCCGUGGCUUUCAAGGUCGUCGCGCUCGGCGACGUUCCCGACGGGACACUGGUCACUGUCAUGGCCGGGAAUGAUGAGAAUUACUCGGCCGAGCUGCGGAACGCCUCCGCGGUGAUGAAGAACCAAGUGGCCCGUUUCAACGACCUCCGCUUCGUGGGCAGGAGCGGACGAGGAAAGAGCUUCACCCUGACCAUCACAGUGUUCACCGGACCACCGCAGGUGGCCACCUAUCACCGUGCCAUCAAAGUCACCGUGGACGGACCCCGGGAACCGCGCAGACACCGAGUGAAGAUGGAAGACACCACGAAGAUGCAGUUUUCCGACCGGCUGUCAGAAAUCGAGCGCUACCAGCGGACUAUGCGGAUAGGCCCGGUCAACAACAAUCCACGCCCCAUGCAGACACACCUCAGUACCACACAAGGUCUGUGGCCGGAGCAGAUGGAUACGCCCACUCUGAAGACCUGUAAGGUGGAGGAGGAUCUGAGAUCAUGGCCAGGGACUACAGACCUCUUCCCACAGAGGAGUACCUUCCCGUCUCUGUCCCCGCUGACAGACCCUCGCUUCUCAGACCCCCGCAUGCACUACCCGGGGGCCUUCCCUUACUCUGCCAACACCUCCAGCACCGGCAUAAGCGGUCUUAGCAUGUCGACCUCCUCUAGAUACCACACCUACCUGCCGCCCCCUUACUCAAACAACCAGUCUCAAAACUUCCAGUCCAAUUCUUACCUGUAUUACGGCACGGGCUCCGGAUCCUACCAGUUCUCUAUGGUGGCGCCAGGAAACACUGGGGGUGAGCGCUCCCCCACCCGCCUCCUUUCAUGCUCCGGGGCCACGGGCACCGGAGGGACCAACAGUCUGAUGAACCCGGGCCUGAACACCCAGAGCGAGGGUGUGGAAGCCGACGGCAGCCACAGCAACUCCCCGACGGCUAUGAGCGCUUCAGGUCGUUUGGAUGAAUCCGUCUGGAGACCAUAUUGACUGGAAGAGAGCUAGAAAAUUGGGAGAUUGGGAGGAGAGGGUGGAGAGUGAAAAGAUUGAUGAACAACAAAGCUGAACACUGAAAGAAAAAACAAAACAAAAAAAAUGUUGCAUGUUUGCCUUUGUUUUCUUGCUUUAAAGACUUUUGCUUUUACUGUUUGAAGACAUUUUGUUGUUUCAGAGUGAACUCUUGCACUGCGCUGAAACCUGUACUCUCAAAGACCUUCCAAAGCCAUACGAGUCAAGGUGGCACUCAGUGGAGACUGUAAAUAAUUGUUAGAAACCCAUCGCAGUGAUGUAGACAGGUACUCGAAGUCAAACGAACAACGGCGCGGAGAUGCAAACAAUUAGUGCGACUGCUGAGAUGAAAGCCACAGCAGACAAUCAUCAAACAGACUGCUCAGACUGAUCCAGCCCACUUGGCAGGUGGAGAAGAAAAGUCAGACUGGUUUUCUGCUCCAUGACUGACUCCUCGCUAAGCAAGGCUGCACUGCUGUAGCAAUCGGUCCCUUUAAGCUUUCAUUUCUGUAAAAAAUUUGCAUCAGAUGUAAAAAUGUUUUCAGGAGCAUACAGGGCUGUUUCAUGUGCUCAGAGUACUUCUGCAGAACCUUUUGGUCUAUUUAUUAUCCACAGAGAGACAUUAGCCCUUGGUUAGAGAGGAAAUGUCUCCGAACAAUUGCUGCAUUAUCGAGAGACAUGCGUUUUCAAGUUUAGGAAAUUAAUUCUCUGCUGUUUCAUCAUGUUCCAGCAGGACAAUGGAUGAAUAAUGAAGGAAUAAGACAAAAACGGUUUGGUUUAUUUUCUGCAGAUAAGUGGAGUCCUGUUGUCUGUAUUCCUUACUUUUCCUACUUCUUUAUUCAAGCUUUUUCGUAAGUUUUAAAGUCCUCGCCAGAAUUUAUUUUUAUUUUCAUUAUUUUAACUGGACAACGUGGUUUACUUUUGAUAUUUAUUUGAGCCAAACCUUGGGGAAAUGUAUGCAAAUACCCCAAAUCCUUAAGCAUUUCAUGUUUCCUUUUUUUUUUUUUUAUAAACAUUUAUACAGUAUAUUUACCAUGUUUGUUAAGUAUGAAUUUGGAGUUUUUGUAAUAUAUUGCAACUAAAUUAUGAAAGAAAACCUUUUAAUGUAAUUUUGUUGCCUUCCAAUGUAGCUUUGGUGCACUAAAACCUUUAUUCCAAAUGGACUAUGCCCAAAAAGAUCCUAGAGCCAUGAUCUUUUAGAUUACUUACAAUUUGCCUUCCUGCGCUUACAAAACAAAAAAA